CAUUGUUUUGCAGAGUGAAUAAAGCUCAGUGGUGGUCAAUUCGAAAAAAAAAAAAACAACAAAAAAAAAAAAAAAAAAAACACAGGUGAAAUACGUAAGAGGCAUGGCAAUUUUUUGUCUACUUUGCAAAAAGGGGUCAUUUGGGGGAUCGCUGUACUGUUCGGACAUUUUUGGGCCUCCUGACAUUAGAUUGGCUGUCAGUACUUCAGGACUGAUCAAUUUUCAGAUAUAUCCCAUAGUUUGUGAACUCUAUAACUUUCCUACAGACUAAAUAAUAAAUACUGAUUUGGUGUAUUUUCACCAAAGAAAUGUAG